AUGUCUCACUCAACACAUAUACUAGUCUACCCUUUUGCUCCUUCCGGCCAUUUCAUUCCCUUACUCGACCUCACCCGCCUCCUCCUCAGCCGCGGCCUCACCAUCACCAUCGUUGUUUCCACCACCAACCUCCCGCUUCUCGACCCUCUUGUCUCCUCGCACCCCUCAUCUUUCCACAAACUCCUCAUGCCUGACCCCGACCACACCCCAUUCCCGCAUCCACUUAUCGCCAAAGUGAUAGCCACCCAACAACUAUUUGAUCCCAUUGUUAAGUGGUUCAAAUCCCACCCUUCACCUCCGGUUGCCAUCAUAUCCGACUUCUUGCUCGGGUGGACUAAUGACCUUGCCUCCCACCUAGGCAUUCGACAUGUAGUGUUUUCGCCUUCGGGUGCUCUUGGUUACUCCAUUUUUAAUAUGUUAUGGCGAGACGCAUUGGAGAUUAAUGCCCUCCACGGUGACAACGGAGACGAAAGCUACAUGCUUUCGUUCCCCGAAAUCCCCUACUCGCCCGAACUUCCUUGGUGGCAGCUGUCACCGAUGUGGCGAAGUUAUAACAAGGGCGAGCCGGGUUUCGAGUGUUUUAGAAAGGGUAUUUUGGAUAAUAUGACUUGCUGGGGAAUUGUGUACAAUACUUUUGAAGGUUUGGAAGGGGAUUAUAUUGAUUAUUUGAAGAGACAGGUGGGCCAUGACCGGGUCUGGGCCGUGGGCCCAUUACUCCCUGAUGAUCAUGGCCCGAUGAGUAGCACUGCACGUGGUGGGUCCAGUGCAGUGCCACCUGAUGACCUGCUCAUGUGGUUAGACCAAAAGCGUGACGAUUCAGUUGUAUAUAUAUGCUUUGGGAGCCUAGUAGCAUUAAGCGAGGAGGAAAUGAAGGCAUUGACGGAUGCCCUCAAGCUUAGUAAUGUAGACUUUAUUUUGUGUGUGCACGAAAGCGGUUCGAGCCUCAUCCCUAGUGGGUUUGAACAACAGGUGGGGGGUCGAGGGUUCAUAGUCAUAGGUUGGGCCCCACAAUUGGCAAUACUGCAGCAUCGGGCUGUAGGUUCGUUUGUGACUCAUUGUGGGUGGAACUCAACAUUGGAAGGUGUUACAUCAGGCGUGACGAUGUUGACAUGGCCAAUGGGUGCGGACCAGUUUGCCAAUGCUAUGCUACUGGUCGAUCGGUUGGGUGUUGGGAAGCGAGUUUGUGAAAGUGGACCGGAGAGUGUUCCUAACCCAGUCGAGUUGGCCCGGUUGUUGGAUGAGUCUUUGAAUGUUGAUAGGCCCGAGCGAGUUAAAAUUAAGGAGCUGAGCCGAGCAGCCAUCAAGGCAAUUAAAGAAGGAACAUCAGUAACGAAUUUGAAUACAUUCGUCAAGCUUUUAUAUGAGCUCUAA